AGCACGCUCUUUCUUCUUCUGCAGGUGCUACCUGAAGAGCUCGACGUCAGAUUCAAGAAUUAGAAGGAGUUCAGAUUACACCUGAGGCUGAGCGACUUUGAAAAGACACUUCUUCGGUGUGAAGCUUACACUCCAGCCCACCCCGCGCUAUCCACAGAGUCGCAGCCGUUUCCUACCAAACAUCGCCUACCCGCAAGCCGUCAGGGUGCGAGACAUAGUUUCGUCAUGUCACGCUCACAGUACGGCCGUCAUUCUAGCAGCGACCUUGGCUACGCAGAAGAACCUCAGACUCAACGGUGGGACCGCGACCGCUUCGAACGCUACUCCCGCAGACCUGCUGCUCCUGUCGAGGAGCGCGAGACUUUCCGCUUCACCGAACAUGACCGUCCGGGUCGCCAAGAUAUCCGCAUAGAGGAGAGAAUCGACAGAGGUCCACCUCCACGACGUGAAAGGAAUGACUUUGCAGAAGACUCGUAUGGUCCUGCUGCAAGGCCCCGUCGCUCGGACCGCGAGCUGUUCGGUGACAGAGAUCCUCGUGAACUCGCCGACCUUCAGCUCGCUCCGUACAGAAGGAAGUCGAUUGUCGAGCGUGAUGACUUUGAGUUCCGGGAGACCAGGAACGCUCCAAGACCGGGCGGUCUGCAGAGGAGACAGAGCAGUCUCGACACUUUCGACCGCCGACCGUUGCGUCGUCACGAACCCGACGACUAUCGCAUCCCUCCUGGAGUUCCCAUCCCUCUGCCGCGUCGUCGCUCUCCCUCUCGUGGGCCUCCUGGACGAUACUAUGAGGAGGAAUACGAGGAUGUGAGACACAGGGACUACUCUCCUCAGGACUCGUACCGCGAUGUCGAGAUUAUGCGUGAAAAGAGCGUCCAUCGAAGACGUGUAAAUCGUGACCGAGCAAGGAGCGAUGCCCGUAGCUCGACGACCAAGCGCAGUUCACGAACCACUCGCAGCUCCAGCAGUAGCAGUCAGAGCAGUUUCACCGAAGUCAGUCGACACAGCAGUCCGAGCCCAGCUAAGGUUGGCAAGAAAGGCAAGACUCGCAUGCCCAAAAGGCUGGUACGCAAGGAGGCUAUCAUCAACCUUGGCUAUCCCUUCGAGGAAGAGGAGGACUUCAUCGUUGUACAGCGAGCUCUGGACAAGGAGCAUAUUGACGAAGUGAUUCGCAUCAGUGAGCAGUACAAGGAGCCGAAAACCAAAACAUACCGUUAUGACGACCCAGGCGCACCACCAGAAGAACAUUUCGAGCAUCUCCGCACCGAAUGGAUCAACCCUCCUACCGUUCGCGCCCCGUCUCCUGCCCGUUCUACCCGCACUCGUCGCAGCUCUCCAGCACGUACCGUACGCCAACCUUCUCCUGCACCCCCACCUCAGCCUCAGACCAUUUAUAUCCGCGACCCUGCACCACCGCCACCUCCAGCUCCCAUCUACAUCAGAGAGCAAGCUCCUGCACCACCUCCUGCUCCCAUCUACAUUCACGAGCCGUCUCGACCCGCUCCUCCUCAGCAACAACCCAUGACCAUUGUCCUCCCUGAACGCCGUCGCGAACACAGUCGAGAUGUCCACGCCGAGGUCCGCGCACUAGAAGCCGAAGCUCGCGCUCUUCGUCUCGAGCGUGAAGCCCAACACCACCAUCAUGGUCAAAUCGUCCUCGCCCAACCACAACAAUCCGGCUACGAGAUGGUCGAGUACAGAGAGCGUCGCCCCGACCGUGAAAUUGUUGAAUACGUCGAAAGAGACAGGAGUCCUAAGAGAGAAGUCAUUCGUGUGGAGAAGGAUCGGAAAGGUAGGAUGGCGCUUGUCAGCGGCAGAUAAGGAAAGAAGACAAGCGAGGAAGAUUGCCAUGAUGAUGGCCACGCUUUCAUAAUCUGAACGAGGAAUAAUUUGCAUCUAACGACAUGGACAUUUACAACAUUUGCGGCUAGGCGUAUUUCUUUUUGACCUUCAUAUUGAGAGAUAUCUGUGGCAAUAAUGAGAGCUGAUAUUUUCUACUUUCUUCGAGCGAGGCGCUGGGACGGAUGGACUCCUUGUUUGCAGCAAAAAAUAAAGCAGUAACGAAGUCUACGAUCAUUCUACCUUUCUAUACAAUAUCGAAACGAUGAGAAAUCUUCUGGA